CAGGUGAGGCGAUGCACAGGUGGAGGUUUGUUAAGCGGUCUUUCCACUCUCCCCGCACACGUUUUUAAUAUUUCAGCUCAUACAGUGUGGUGAGAUGUUGGAUUUGCAGAAAGAAUGGAGUAUUUCCUUCGCCGGAUGUGGUUUUAUGGGGAUUUAUUAUGUCGGUGCCUGCAGCUGUAUCCUUCAACGAGCCCCUCGAUUCAUUCAAGACGCCUCGAAAAUCUGCGGGGCGUCUGCAGGAGCUCUCAUCUCCGCAGUUCUCAGCCUCGGGAUUCCCCUAGGUGAGACGAGUGCCCCUCUGACGCACCAAAACCCCAUUCAAUUUUUUACCAAGUUAAAAGAUUUUCGUUUAAAACAAGCAAACAAACUAAGUUGGACGCUUUAUUCAGAUCGGUGUAAAUAAAUUUAUGAUAGUUUUGUAAUUCGGCUUAGAAAUAUUGAAGUUUGGUUGAUCUUAAAAGUGAAUUUAAAACUUUUUCACUUUGAAAGUUUACUCUUCUUCCUUUUACUUUACAAACCAUACCGUCUUCAUAUUAGAAUUAUGCUCUUACACACUUUUUUUUUUUUACCUUUUUUUGCGAGAUCACAGGGAGCAUGCGCGGUGUGGUUCUGUGGAAAAAUAUUUGUUUUCUCUUGUUUUACUUCUGCUUUCAUGUUUGUGGUUGUUAGUUUGAUGUUUUUUGAAAUUCCUAUUACUGUAAAAGCCUCUAACACUUGAUCUGAAGGCAAAUAAGAUUGGUGUAUGGUAUUGUUUUAUGUUAAAUUAAACUGUAGGCAAUCAUAUGAAAUUAAAUCAUACCAUAAAUCAUACUAUAUUGUGUUGUAUCAUAGCAAACAUCAGAUCCUGUGGUUCGGUAUCUAUUGUUUUAUAUCCAUUUGCAUCAUAACAUAACACAUUAGUAUCAUUCCAUGUGCGAAUAUAUCCUGCUUCCUAUCAUAUCUUUCUGUGUUGUGUUGUGUUGUAUCUUCUAUAUCUAAUUUUCUAAAUCAUGUCAUAUUGUUCAAUCUUUGGACUGUUUUUGUAUUUCUAAAUGUCUUGGUAUAUAUCACUGUUUGUCACACAACCUUAAACUGAAAAAUGCUUCAAUAUUUCAUGUUUAGUUAGUCGAUCUAAGCAAACAGCUGAUAGAAAAAUAUUCAGAGAAUAUCUGAUUUAUCUUGAACCAACAUAAAUUAUCUUGACUGAGAUCAGAUAAAGUGUCUUAACAGUUUGAAACUGUAGUACAGUGUCCACAGGAACUUCUUACACAAGGAUCCAGAUAAGAUUAGAUUAGGUGUGUCCUAGAGGAGUUUGUUUUCAAAAUCAGACACAAACACACAAAAAUAGGGUGUGUCUCCACUUAUGGGUUUAUUUAGUUUUUAGACUUAAAGCUCAGUCUGUCCCCCAUGAAUACCCUCACUGUCGCUGUCAUGUUCCCCUCUGUGCAGAGAAAUGUUGUGUUGAUCUGAUGUUCAUGGCCAAAGAGGCGAGAAAGCACAAACUGGGCCCCCUUCACCCGGCGUACAACCUGCUGCAGAUCGUCAAGGACUCUCUGCUGAGGUGUCUCCCUGAAGACGCUCAUGUCCUCGCCUCUGGGAAGCUCUGCGUGUCCCUGACCAGAGUGUCUGAUGGGAAAAACGUGCUGGUAUCGGAGUUUGACAGCAGAGAGGAGCUCAUUCAGGUGAGUUGGUGUGUUAUUUGGAAGCUGAAAUGAGACAUUAAACUAGAAACUGUCUUCUUACUCCAUAAGGCUAUUAUUCUCACCCCCAUAUACAGAUAAUAGUCUUUUUUAUUUGUUAAACAAAGUACUUGGGCAUUCACGAGUCAAAUCAAAUCAAAUAUUUGUAAGUUAAUAUUUUAAUCAAUCACAAAGAUGGAAUAGUCUGUCUGUGAUUUUACUGAGACCUGCUUUUCACUGGGUUAUCAAAAUUUAAGCUGACUUUGCAAACAAAUCUUGUUGUUUAAGGAAAUGAAGGAGGAAUAUGUAGAGGUAGUUGAGCAGCUGACAGAAGUGUUUCUGCUGUUCUGACAGGAUGGAGUUGGUAAAGUUCAGCUGAUUGUUGCAACUUUUCUUCUUCCUCUUUUUCAGAUUUAGCACAAAAUGCAGUGAUUCUGAAACAAUCUUGUGUGUUCUUCCUCUUCGAAAGUAAAAGGGUCAAAAUGUCAACAUAUGCAAGAAAUCUGAGCCAAAGAGACAAACUGAAGGUUUCUUUUAAAACUUUUGUACUGCUGUACGUCUGCAGCUGCAUUUAACUGUUUCAGUCAGGUGUUUGAUCCUCACGGGGCAACAAAGUCUGAGUUUUAUUUAUCAUAACCUGUGAGUUUUUUUAAUUAAAGUCUGUAAACGCAUCUCUGAACUUUACCUGCAACCUGAUGCAAAGAACUGUGUCUGCCUUGUCACUCCAGGAUCAAACAUGUCAGCAGCUCAGUACCAGACUGACCUCCUUCAACAUCACACCAUCGUUUACAUGAGAAAGAACAAAGUGUAAGAGCUUCUGUGACUGAUAUUUAAUCAUGUUUUCAUUUUCUAGGCCCUCCUGUGCAGCUGUUUCGUCCCUUUUUACUGUGGUGUUAUCCCACCAACGUACCGUGGAGUGGUGAGUGAACAACACAAACAUCACAUCCUGCAAAGAGGAGACUUUCAGACACUUGACACCUCGAUUCUGCAUCCUGGCAUGUUCCGUAUCUGAUCCUCCUCUCAUGGUCACAUUAACAGAUUUGGGAAGUUGUUUUCCUAACUUUGAUUUUAAGUGGUUAAUCUUGACUCCUCUCAGCAUUAUGUAGACGGUGCCGCCAGUGAUAACCAGCCUCGAUGCCACGUGAAAAACACAAUCACCAUUUCUGCGUACUCUGGUGAGAGCGAUCUGUGUCCUCGAGCGAGCUCGCUCAACUUCCACGAAGUGCGCUUUAAAAACAUGAGCAUCCAGGUGAACUCGGAGAACGUGUACAGAGUGACCAGCACCUUCUUCCCCCCACAGGCUGAGGUGAGACACACAGAGUGCAAGUUUGAAGAGCCACAGACCCUCAGAAAAGUGUCUGUUUCAAUUAUGACACAGAUGUUAGAGCACUCUGCACAAAUGACCAACAAUCAUCAGACAGAAUCAAGACAAACAAACAAAAGAAGGCCUGUGGUGAUGAUAUUGAUAAAGUGAUUCCCACAGAUGUCUCUGUCAUUCAGCUGCUUUAACUGUGAGAAGAGAAAUGUCUUAAACUGUCAAUGUUUGCUGAAGAAAUUCAGGAGAGCUUCAAAAAGUGAGACAACAAGGAGAGUAAACGUGAUAAGGCGCCCUCUGCUGGUCAGAUGUCUUAUUGUUUUAACUUUGAGAUACAGGAUUCAAGUCUCCAAUAGUUAUUAUUAUUACAAUAACUUUGUCAGCUGUACGUAAAAAAUAUAGUGAAUGAACUUUUUAUCUUUAUCAUUAAAUCUAUUUUGUUUUUAGGAAAUGGCUGAAAUCUGUCAGAACGGCUACAUAGACGCUCUCCGCUUCCUGCAGAAUCACAGUAAGGGAAACUUCUGGCUCCAUAUUUAUACAUUUAUUUAAUUUGUAAGGGACCAUGUAUGAUAUUGAGCAUGAAUGUUGAUGCGUUGUUCCAGUGGUGUCCUCAGGAGUGAGCAGACAGGACGCUCUUUGGACCUCAUGGCUAAAAAAAAAACACUUUGAAAACGCCCUCUUAGAUUCUCCUGUAGACAAUAAAAUAUUAUAAAAUACCCAAUCAUGGUGAAGGCAUGACAACCUGCUUGAGUGGCUGCUUCUCUGUGAAAGUUGGUUAAGUGCUGACUGUUUGCUCUUCCAUUAUACAAAUGAAAAAAGAUGCACACAGGAUGCUUUCCCAGUGGGAAAAAACAUGAAAAUGUGCCACUGGAUGCUCUACUGCUGUGGAGAACUUCAACAAGCGCUCUCUAGAUGUCUUCAUAAUAACAUAACAAAAAUGGUACUCUCUAGAUGCUCUCAUAAUGAGUAAAACAUACAAAGGUGCCCACUGGAUGCUCUUUUAAUAAUUUAACAUAGAGAAGUGCCCUCGUAAUAAUAUAACAUAGAGAGGUGCCCUCUGGAUGCCCUCAUAAUGAGUAAAACAUGAAAAUGUGCCCUCUGGAUACCCUUAUUAAAAUGUAACACAGAAAAAGUGCCCUCGUAAUAAUAUAACAUAGAGAGGUGCCCUCUGGAUUCCCUCAUAAUGAGUAAAACGUGAAAAUGUGCCCUCUGGAUACCCUUAUUAAAAUAUAACACAGAAAAAGUGCCCUCUGGAUGCCCUCAUAAUGAUAUAAAAAAGAAAAAGUUCCCUCUUUAGAUGCCCUCAUAAUGAGUAAAACAUAAAAAAAUACCCUCUGGAUGCCCUUCCCUAUCUAAAACAUGUGUAAGUGCCUCAACAUGCCCUUUGACUACAUAAAGAAGGUGCCCUCUGGAUGCUCUUCUAUAUAAAAUAUGGGAAAAGUGCCCCUAGAUGACCCCCCACUACAUGGUCCAGAUGUCCUUUACACUCUUUUAAACAUUCAAAGGGGCCCUCUGGAUACCCAUCAUAUAUAUAAACUGUGGAUAAGGUUCCCUCUGGAUACCCAUUUCAUAGCAAUGUAAACCCCUCCACAGAUCUGAUCAGCAGUGAGUCUCCGAUGAAAAGCCUGGAGACAAACACACCAGUACAAGCUUGUUGUGAGCCGAGAGGAGAGUCGGCCGAAGCUGAAAACACAAAACAGGAGGAGCACUGGUGGCUGGACCGACUUCUCAUAGAGAAACUCCCACACAACAUCAGGAAGGGUAGGGAAAUCCUUUUUUUUUUCAUUAAAAAAAUGUUUAAAGCAGCAAAACAACUAAACUCUUCGUAUCUGUUACUGUUUUUGUGUCAGUGCUGUGUGAGGCCUGCAGGGAGACACACACUGCUGGUGGCCUUUUGUCCCGUGUGACAGAGUACCUGCCAAAGAUCCCGAAUGUCCUGCCUGUUGACUCAGCCUGCUCUCUGGUCCAGAGGUACAGUCAGCUCACCUGUAUACAUCACAAUAUUCACAUUUUUACAUACAAAUUACGUCACAAACUAUCCUCAGCAUUCAUCUUUAUCAUCAAAAUAAAGUAUUUAAAUAUCUAAAGUAAAGAGACACAAUUUAGGCCCUUUUUGUUCAAGUUUAUUUUGAAUAUAACGUGAUAUUUUUUCCCUUUUCCUUUUUUACUCUUUCCUCUAACGUUCAGUUUUCAGUUACUUUAAUAUCACAGACUCUCAAAACUCUGACUGUUCCUUUUAGACUUGUGAACUGGAUCCCAGAGGUACCCAAGGACAUGGGCUGGCUCUACGGUGUGGCAGGUAACAUUUACAAUCAAGCUUGGAAAGACAAGGAGGGGGAAUGUGACAGGUGAGCAUGGUAACCGUUUUAGUCCUGAUUCAUUUUAUAUGGUUUAUCCUGUCAUAUCAUAAUUUAUUGUAUCAUAUACCUAUGUACGUAUAUUAUCAUAUCAUAUCAUGUUUCAUCGUAUUGUAUUAAUACCUACACAAUAGUACUAUAUUGUACUGCAUCAUGUCUUUUAAGUAUUUCAUUGUACUUUGACCCUCUAUUCAGAAAUGUGAGGUAUGUUCCUGUACUAACCCUCUGACUUGGUUCCUCUUGAUGGUGUAAACUUCACAGGUUUUUGCUGUAUAACCUUUUUUAAAUACAGUUAUAUAGAUUAUAUAGUAAAGGUGGAGACUGUUUAUUUCUGGGACAGCUGUCAAUCAAAGACUGCACAGAAACACCACUGCAGCUUCAGAUUCAUUGAUACAACGACGAGGGAUUCAAAUUCAGAUUUAUCUAUGCUGAUAAUUAACACAAGUUACAGCUGAGUUUCAAAGAACUUUUCCUCCAUCCUGUUCCUCUUUCUCCAGUGACGCACCUCUACGCCGAUGUAAAAGCCUGCCCUCAGACCUGAACCUGCCAAAUCUGGAACAAGAGGACACGGACGCUCUCCCGAUGACUCCAGAAGCCUCUCCCACCUCUAUCCUCACCUUCACCUGGAACAAACAGAAUGAGCUGGACCUCAUGACCCUGACUCCGCCCCCGACACCCACCUGCAGCCCCACCUCUGGGUUUGAUGACGAGGCCUCAGAGUCACCGAGCAGCUCAGGUUCAGGCUGGGGAUUGGGCCGAGCUGUGGGGUGGAUCCGAAAUAUCGCAUCUGAGCAAACCUCCUACCUUAAGAAAUGAACAAUUAAGCGUCCUUAUCGACAUUUAUGUAAACUUAUUUAAUAUUGCACUGAUACAAAAAAAGACGACAAUGAAUGUUGAAUAAAAGCAUACAAAAUGAA